GACUGAUCAUUAGAUUCGCUUAAACUUUAGAGUCACUUAAAUUUUAGCCAGACCAAUGCAUGAAAGGUGAAGGCGCAAUGCAGAUUCGAUGCUCCAAGAAGCGGACGGUUGUGUGGGUGUCGACUGUGAUCAGCGUUGUGGGUUUCAUCUACGUCGUGUGUGUAAUUGACCUCCCUCUCCCAGAGAGACUGCACAGGGGCAAAAUAGAGAUCCAAAACCUUCCACGCCCCGACUCGCUAGACUACGACAGAUUCAAAGAUGUCGAGGAUUAUGACGAUCUAGACAAACUUCCCGAUGUCGAAGUCGUUCUUAAGACAACUAAAUCUACUGAUGCAAGUGUCGACAAAACUAAUGAUUGGAGCGCGAUAGUGGUGUUUAUCCGCCAAAAUUUGAAAUGGAAAAGAAGCAAUGUUUGUCAACAAAAACCGUUGACAUUUCAGAGUAGCAUCGAAUCAUCCGCAGGACAAUUAAUGGUACACAUGGUGGACCAUACACACCAGCCGGGGAAGGGAGAUCUUACAAAAGAAAUGCACUUUGAACUCCUUAAAACUGUUCACAGUAAUCUUGCCUUUCACACAAACUCGGUGUUGAUAGAUGUCGGGGCUGGGGAUGGCAGCUUCAGUAUUCUAGCUGCUAAAAUAGGUCGACAUGCUAUCAGUGUGGAAUCCAAUGAAAACAAUAUUCACGGACUAUGCGCGUCUGUCGAAUUUUCUGGUUCUCAGCCCUAUAUUACUAUAAUUCAGAACAAUUCUUCCACACAGACUGACCAAGUUUAUGAUAUUUCCAAUUACCACUUACUUGUAAUUGAUGCAGAAAUCUCAUGUGUUUCAGAAAAUAACGGAUUUUCUCUUAAUCAGUUAAUAAAUUUAGAGACUUUGGAAAGUCAGACACCAUUAGUAAUUCGCAUAGAAGCAUUUCAACAUAAUAUAGAGAACUUGCUGAUGUGCGCAGGUGAUUUUUUUGCAAAUUUUGAUAUCCAAGCAAUCAUCAUGCCCUGGUCUGAUCACAAUAUACGAGAAAAGAAGAAACUAGCAGAGCACCUUACCUUUUACAAACUGAAACCCUAUGAAGCUAUUGGUGUGGAAAAAGAAUUAUUUAUGAAAAAUGUUGAAUAUUGGCCAACAUAUGUUUUAUGGAAAAAGACAAUUUAUUAAAUUUUAUCUACAAAA